UUCGUGAGUGCCAGGUGAGAGUGAGGUCGGUGUUCUUAGCCGCUAAAGACUCAUAUCAGUAAUUUCUAAAGACCAUAAAAGAGGUAAAGAGGGACAUCACAUCAUUUGCCAGCAUGUACGAGAGAGGGACGAGUGUGCCUUUGAAGUCCUCAGCCUCACUCUUUCCAAAUAACUUAUGUCGAGUUCGUGUGAAUGGGACGAUGUACGCAGGUGUUGCCCACAAAGAUGAGAUGAACAUCGUGUGUCCCAUCACCUCGAGGGAUGAACCAGGUCGAGUGGUGGUAGCCAAGAUGACCUCCUCAGCCCCCUCAGGUGCUACUAUAAUGCAGGCGGCGUGGGUGGAGGUGCACAGGCGUCCCUUCCUCGUCCUGGCUACCACGAAGGGCGUCCUCUUGUUCGACUGGGACGGCUCGGUGCUGCGCCACGCCCACCUCCUGCCAACCCCACCCCUGGAGUCCCCUUUCUCAUUCACCAAAGGCAUCGCGUCCCUCUACACCGGCUACAUCUGCGUUGGGAUAUACACGGGAGAGGUUUUGAUGUUCAGCGUGACGGAUAAUGGAGAUGUGCUUGGUACGGAGAAGGUUACCCUCCACCCGUGCCCUAUCAAUGCGCUGGCCUCCCUCGGGCAAGUACUGGUGAGCGGGGACGAUGAAGGAGGGAUUGUGGUGUCUCAGGAAGAGGAAGGUUCACUCUCCAAGAUCUGCUCCAUUGAAAGCUACGAAUCUCCAGUAACGUGCAUCGCUGUAUGGAGUGGACAAGUUCUGGCGGCAUUCCUCUCUGGUCACCUCAGGCUUUUCAACUUGCAAGGACAAAUACUCGCUGAGGUCUGUGCGCACGCUUGUUCCAUCACGGGGCUCGACGUGGCACAAGAGACGGGGUUAGCGAUCUCAGUUAGCGAGGACACCUUCGUUCGGAUAUGGCAACUACACCUCUCCUCCCCUGAGCUACCCAUCGAACACAAGUACAGCGCUUCCGAGGAGAACGCGGCGCUGUGUGGUGGCGUCUUCACGGACGAUCUUGGCUCUGGGUACGUCCUGGCCAGCUACGAUUCCAAGGAGCUGAUAUGUUACGCGAUGUGAAGGCCAAGGAACCGAACCCCCGACCAGCCGAUGUGAGAAAAGCAGGGAUUGACUUGUACGCUUAUGCCGAAUAUUAGCCUAUAGUUACCGCCCCCCGCCCCCCCCUGCACACACACACACACACACACACACACACACACACACACACACACACACACACACACACACACACACACACACACAUUAUAGGACAGUUCAUGACGAAAUAAAACAUCUCUUUAAAACUUUAAUAUUAUUCUUAAAUUAAGAAUAAAUUUAUAGUCAGAAUUUCAACAUCUGUAUCAAAAUAAUCAUAAAUAUAUGUAUGUACAACAAUUCACAACAUUUACAAAAAGUGUCAAAAAACUUCCCCUACCUAAUACAUUGAAAUGCUAAAGUAUCUACAUAGGCGCUUUUUUUAAAGGAGUAUCUGGCCAAAACACACACACACACACACACACACACACACACACACACACACUCAAUACGCACUUUGCCCUGCAGGACAUACGUACGUGUUUCCGCCUGCGGCAGAUGAAAAAUGGAGGAGAGGCGAGGCCACAUCUGACCUCAUAGUCGAUAACCGCAUUAAAGCGAGUGAACGAC